UUUAUCUGUGUGUAGUAGCCAACCAACUCCAAAAAAAAUAUAUAUUAAAAAAUAUCCACCAAGCUAACUCAAACUAUCCACCAACCCAUAGAAAACCCACAAAUCUAAUAUUAUAUCGAACCCUACAUGUGUUUGUGUGUAUGUGUGUCUUAUAUGUGAAAAACGGUAGUAUUAACUUCUUGUACGUCAACAACAACAACACUAUCAACUAUACAACAAAUCCGAGCAGCAACAGCAAUAAAAUAAAACUGGCAGCCACAACAAAAGCAGCGUCGACUUACCACAACAAAAGGUAUACAUAUUCAGCUAGUUGGCCACCCAGAAAUAAGCGCUUUUCCAUUUCCUUUGCAUUGCCUUUUUAAAUCGCUUGUCGUUUGUUUUGUUGCCACCACAAGUUAAGUGAAAUAAAUCAGUCAAAAUUAGUCCGCGUUGUCAACCGACGUUGCUGUCGCUGUCGCCGUCAUCGCCGUUGUCGCCAUUAUCAUCGCCGACACCACAACUAUGCGCCAUGUCAAAACUUCGACAUUACAGGUCCAUAGAUCAGCCCUGCGCCACGACCAACAUACGCAAAAAGACGAUGACAGCGAUAUGCUUUGUCUGCAACCUGCCCAUUUUGUCUCACCAGGUGGGCCUGGUGUGGCAGGGUGGAAACGGCUGGGACGAUAUGGUCAGAGAGCAGUUGGAGGAAUCAACCAUACGACAGCGUUUGGGUGGUCGACGCGACUCGGCAGCACAGAUAACCACGCCCCCUAGUACAUCACCGCCACCAGGUCUACAGCGUCGUCGGCGCAGCUCACUUGCUCAGCUCACCGAUAUUCUGCGCGAAUGGAGCGGUGGUGGCGCUGCCAAGCAGCAAACACAAAGUCAACGUCAGAAGGCGCAACUCAAUCGUCGCGAAACCUUAGCUGACCUAGCGCGCAGCCUACCAUGGCGCACCUCCACCACCGAUGCGUCGACUGGCCCUGGUGGCGGUACCACUUAUAUAACCCCACGCAAACGUCGCGAGUCUAGCGCCGACUCGGGUAUACGCAGCAUGCGUUCACGUCGUGACUCGAACACAACCGAAUUUGUGAAACAUUGGAAUCGACGUGAGAGCACUGCCGCCGAGGAGCCCACCGUAGUGGUGCCGGUUGUCGUUGAGGGUCCUGGACGUAGCAGUUCGCGUCGCGGCUCGGGUGAAAGUUAUCUCUCGAGUCGUCGCGACAGCAACAUUGGCCGUGCCACUACUCCGCCUCCGCCACCAAAGAUCGGCGGCAAUACAGCCAAGAAACGUGAUUCGUUGGCUGCACCCGAUUUUCCCAACUUCCGUCAAGAGCAACGUCCUUCAACUAGUUCAGGUGGCUCUGAUUCAGUACCGUUAAUAUCUACUACCAACUAUAAUCAGGUCGAUUCCGCUUGUCAAGCACUACCGCCACCAACAAUCAUUACCAGCUCAGUGACACCGCCGGCCACUAGUCCCACCGCACCGUUGAAGGGACGUCGCGACUCGACUACGCAGUGUGGACGCGUUAAUCGUCGUGAUUCUAAAGCCGGUAUAUCACCGGAACGUGCGCCACGCUUGCAACGUCUACAACGGCAAGCAACUGCUUUCGACGAGAGCUGCCUGCCUGGCGGCAGUCGACGUGGCUCACAGCCGGCGCUUAGCCCCGAUCCGCCGGAGGAUUGCCCGGGUGCGCGCACGUCGCGUCGUGAUUCGCUUAGUCCGGACAGUGCAUCACGUGGCGGACGACGUGACUCACGCGCACAUCUCUCACCCGAUCGCAGUCAUGAUCGCGACGGCAGUCCACGGCGGCAGACGCUGCGACGACAGAGCUCGUCGGCUGCGCGCAGCUCACGUUCUCCCGAUUCGAAUAGCUGUUGCUCGUCGCGUGAUCCAAGUCCUUGCUCACGACCACCACCAUUGGUGUCGGCGGAGACGAGCUCGCGACCGGCAAUUAGAAGACAAUCGACCACUGAAGAAAUUUUGAUAGCACGUGGCUUUCGUCGACAAUCGACUACAGAGGAGAUGAUACGUUGCAGAAACUUUCGGCGUCAGAGCUCGCAAAGCGAUGAUGUGUGUCGCUAUCGUGGUCGUCGUGACUCAAGUGCACAAAUCAUUGACGGCACGAUCGGCACAAUGACAGUUGAGACAACCAGCACUUUCUUCGACUCGAGCACUCAGACCGAACCUUCGCCAUUGUACGACAACAACCACUAUCACGAGGAAUGCCUGCGCUGCAAUUCGUGCGGUCUAAAUUUGACAGGACCAAAUCAGAAGCGCGCCAGAAGGUUCAAGAACCACAUACUCUGCGACCUGCACUUCGCAGACGUUGCCCUAAUGGAGUGCUCCGAUUUUAUGCAACAGCUGAGAAGCUUCAAGCCACAAUCACUCGGUUGCGCCGUUGCGAGACGAAAAAGUUCAACAACGUUUUUUUUCCCAUUGCCGCCGCAGGCAUGUUCAGAUGAAUUUUGUGAAGAUUACCCGCACAAUCUCAUGCCCACACCUGGCUACUGGAUUGAAUGUUCGCGUCAGAAAAUCACAUUACCCACACUGCAUACGAAUUGGGAUGAAAGCGAUUCAGAGCACGAAGAUAUACGAGCGGGCAGCUCCAGCGAUGCUUAUCUCGAGCGUGAAUGCAGCGAUCUCUAUGAGGACGAUGAGGACUCGGAAGCGACACCAAGUCCUAGGAAAAAGACAACAAUCGAAGAUCAAUGGGAUCAACAGGGCGCCUUCGAGCUCAUCUCCGUCGAACAGGAGACAUAUGAGAAGUACUUUUACGGCACCGAACACUGGAACUAUUUUACGAGCGAUGAGGAUCUCGGCCCCGUUAUACUCUCAAUCAAACAGGAGACACUUAAUGGACGCGAUCAAUUUCGUAUAUUGGUACGCGCCGGCUCGUAUACGGUACAUGGACUGAUACCGGCGUCCUGUGUCUUCGCCGAUAGAUAUAAUCGCGAAGAAGUAGUUAGAUCACUAGGUAAAGAAGUUAAUUUAAAUCCACCGCUAACACUAGGGCAACUGCCCGAUACACCCGAGGAGCUGCUGAAACUAGAUCAGGUUUUUAUAAAAUCCGAGCUGAAAGUGGGUGUGAUUUAUGUGAAAGAGGAUCAAUUCUCUGAGGAGCAAAUUUUAGACAAUAACGAAAAUUCUAUACUCUUUGAUGAAUUCCUAACGUUACUCGGCGAUCGUGUACGUUUACGUGGUUUCGAUAAAUACAAAGGUGGCCUUGAUACGGUGCAUGACUUGACAGGUCUCUAUUCGGUUUACACCAAUUGGCGUAACAUUGAGAUCAUGUUUCAUGUAUCCACGCUCUUACCCUACGAGAAGCAUGAUCCGCAAAAGCUACAACGCAAACGUCAUAUCGGCAACGAUAUAGUCUGUGUGGUAUUUCUGGAAGCGGAUAAUACGCGUUUUAGUCCUGCCUGCAUUAAGUCACAUUUCCUACAUACAUUUAUACUGGUGUGUGUCUCGGCUCGCAUCAAACACAAACCCACACGGUAUGAGGUUUCGGUGGUGACACGCGAUGAAGUCGGCGCCUACAAGCCGUAUCUCUGGGAGCAGUCGGUGUUCGAGAAGGGUACAAUGUUUCGCGAAUGGCUACUCACGAAAAUCGUUAAUGGUGAACGUGCCUCAUAUUCGGCGCCGAAAUUUGCACGCAUGCAAGAGCGUACACGCUCGCAAAUGCUCGAGGAUUUGGUGAUGAACUUAUCGAAUCAUGCUGAGACCGGACAGAUACCGAAACCGUACCGUAGGGGCUCGUGGCGACCCAUCGGUCACAUGCGCCCCUCUUCGCCGCUGCUGGAUUCGGUGCGCGAUCAGUUUGAAGACUACGAUCAGUUGGCGAAAGAUUUUACGCGUGUAUUCUUAAACGAAGAACCGUCGUGCCUGCAAAAUGCGCAUCUUUUCGAUGUAGUCUUCCUGGUGGGGCAGUCGAAGCAAAAGGCGCGUUUCAUAGGCGUACGCGCGAUAUUGGGUGUGCGUAGUCGUGUCUUUCAGGAAAUGCUUUACGGUAUACAGACCGGUUUCGGUUCGCCGCAAAUACCAGUCGCUGAGAUUUUCGCACGGCCCGCACCAUCACUCGUGUCACCGCAAAAUCAAAAGCCGAAAAGCAACAACUAUCUUACAGUGCCCGAUUCCGAUUCGAUACGACCGAAGAGUGUGCCAUCAUCGCCGAUGGUAAAGCGGGCUUUUAGUCGGCUGGGUACCAUCACCGCUGGUUGGGGUCGUUCGAUACGUAAUAAGAAUACGAAUCAACUGAAUCCGGAGGAUAAAAAGAAAUGGAUAUCUUCAACGGAUUGUUCCAAUCGAGACAGCAAAGACAAAGAUAAGGAUAAGCCGGGCAAUAAUCAGCUGGCUGUGCCGCGGCUCUCGGUGUGUGCCGACGCACAAAAGGUCGAUCGCGCGAAGUUGGCACAGACAGAGUUCAACAUCAUCGAGUUCGAUCCAGACACAUUUCGGGUUUUGUUGGAUUAUCUGCAUACGGGCACGUGUCCGCUGACAUGUGUCUCCAUACCAGGUCUGUUAUGCGCUGCAGAACAUUAUGAUCUACCCGAGCUAUUGCAGGCUUGCUUUCAUCAUUGCAAACAGUUCCUGCGCAUCGAGGUUGUCUGCCCGAUGCUGAUUUCGCUGGAGAACUACUACUGGCGCUACACGUCCGCCUCCGAGUUGGUCAACAUGAUACUCUCCUUUGUCGAGAACAAAGCGCAUGCCCUCUUUAAAUGUCCCGAAUAUCUUAAUCUCUCCGAAUCGAUGGUGCAGAUGAUUAUGAAUCGGGAAUUGCAAACGCCCGAGAUACGUAAAUUCGAAGCGAUGCUGAUGUGGGCGAAGAACAAGGUGGCGAAAAUGAAGAAUCAUCCCAAUAAGGAUACACAAUUCGAGUUCGAAUGCAUUAUGGAACGUUUGACGCGUGAUCUCAAUCUUUGUCGCAUAUCGCCAAGCGAACUCUUGACGGUGGUCUUGCCCUCGAAAGCGCUCAAAAAUGAACGCAUCAUGGAGACACUUAUGAUGCAGGUGAACCUGGGCACCUAUCGCAUGCAGGAGUUGGACGAGUACCGACAGCAGUUGCGCAGCCAAGAAUCAGCCGAGGCAACGGUACAAGUGCAUCGGGGUGGAUGAGAUAGUAAGAAUGUUAGUUUCGAUUUCGAGCAUGGUGAAGGUGGCGGCGUCAUGAGAAGACGUACAAGUGAUGAUCGUGAUGACGAUGGGGAUGACGAGGCGGAAGAAGAACAGUAUGCACGUGCGAUUGCGAUAUCUGUACGUGGCGUCUCCACGGAAACUUACGAUGCGCUGGAUAAUGAGGUGGAGAUGUAUGCGAGCUUCGAGGUCGCGCCGAGUACGAGUCGUGUUGCGGCGCAAAUGCAGAAAUCGCGCCGUAAGCGUUGGGCAGCAGAUGGCGCGUCGGGCAGCAGCGAUGGUGGCGGUAGCAGCAGUGGUCGUAGGCAUUAAAUAAAUGGAGUGGACGUAAAGAAAAAUCGGUGGUUGGUUGUUGGUGGUGAGUGUGUUGGGUUUAUAGGCAGGCAGUUUUUGGCGAUUUCUGCGCUCUCUAGGAACUUAAGUUUUCAAAUCAUUAUAUAUGUUUGAGAUACACUUAGCUCAAACACUAAGGUAAAACUGUUUCGUUAAGCUAAUCUAUGACGUGAUAUGAAAACACGCACAAUUUUGACAUUUAGACAAAGUGAAAAUAUGAUUUCCAAAGCGUCCCACUGCCAUAAUUUCUAUUUAGUUUAUACUAUUUGCGUAAAAAGUGUUUAUACAGCGAAAUUAAUAUACCCGCCAAAAGAGUAUGCAAUCUUUAAAUUUAUUACUUUUUAAUUCAAACCCGUUCUAUUACCACCUCGGAGCGCUCGUUCCAAUUCCAACUCGUUCCAUAUCGUAUUUAAGCACAUUUCAGCCAUGUCAGGUGAUUUUACGUUACAGAAUUCAUAUUUUGUUUAAGAGUUUAAUAUUUAAUAUUUUAUGCAUAAUACUUUGCACUCGAGUAAACUUCGUUCCAUUCCCCACACGUUUCUUAUAAAUUUCGUACAUUUUUUACACGAAAUAUUUAAGCAUUUUCUGUUUGUUGUAGUGUUGCAAUUAUUUUGAGGUUCCCCUCAAAUUCCACUUCAUUCCGUUCCGAUUCCAUAUCGUUUCAUAUACUAAUUUCCAAUUUAAAAUGCAUUUUAAACAAAAAUUGCAAUAUUUUAUGUAUUUUUUGGAGAUGAAAUAUAUUUGGUUUUAAUGCCAUAGCAUUCCUCACGCAUUUAAAGAUUAUUUAUAAUUUUUUCAUAUAGUUUUGAAGUCUAUACAUAUACGAGUAUGUUUUGUUUCAAAAUUGUUUUUAUGAUACGUUGCACGUAUAUGGCAUUCUUGUUUGAUGUAUUACCGAAAAAUUUUCUACUUCUUCGCUGCCUCCCAACCAGCAAGCUUGUCAGCCAACACCAAUCACCAAUCACCAACAGCUACGCAUAUUUAUAUCUGUACCCGCCUAAAUGUAUGUUUCCGUAUAUAUGUGUGUGCGUCUAAUUACCGCGCAGUAUAUAUCAACCACCUAAAAGUAUGCUUUACUAUUUGAAUUAUUUAUGUAUUUGUGUGUCGAAAUCGAAACUAACAUGCCUUCAACUGUCACAUUCACCCCAAUUGAAUAAAAUUACAUAAAUUUAUAAUACUUAAAAGUAUAUACUAAGUUUGACGGAGAAUUUUCGAAAACCUUAAGUACGGUUUACACUGAGAGAGAAGGCAAAUUUCAAAUGAGAGCAUUUUUUAUGCUGAAUGAGAACAAAAUAUGAACCUAAAACGCUUACUGAAAAACAAAGACUAAUAUAAAACUUUUUUUAUUUUUAUUUAACGGUUUAUUGGUAAAGAUGAUUUUGUCUAAGUGAAAAAUAUUUGAAAAUAGAAUUUAAAUUUACUUCACACUUUACUGUGUAUGUAUAUGUAAAAAUGGUAUAUGUAAAAAUUGCGACAAUUCGUAGCUAAAAUUCGUGGUAUAAGAAAAUUUGAAAAAAUAUUGCAUUAUUGUUAAUAAACAAAAUCAAUAAAAGUUGCUUGGUGAAUGCCAAUAAAAAAUUCUAACCGUUUUAUGAGUAAAAAAAAUUUAAUGAAAAUAAUAUUAACUAAAACACGCGCAUUUUUUGUGUAAUUAAUUGUGAAAAAUAAAUUUAGUAUAAUAAUUAGGAAAAUUUAUAUGUGAAAUGUAAAAAGGAACUUAUGUAAUUCUUGAAA